AUGAGAGGAUACAUGGAUUACCUUGAGGAAUCGUUUCUGCAAAAAUGUGGAUGGGAUAUUCAAUCAUCCUACGCGAAUAUUGUUGUUGCGUCUCGCAAUAUUCUUGAUUUUGACGUGCCGUCGGGGGCCUCUCUCAAUCUCACGUCGAAGGCAUCAGAACCAAGCAUUAGCUCCUGGACACUGUCUAAUAUGGACUCUAUCAAGGGUUCAAUGGCAUACAUGUACACAUCGAAAAAUCUGCGGCUAGAGCCGUCUCGGGAUAUCGACCUUGAAAAACUUGUGCAGUGCUUUCGUCAGGCCUCUAUGCGAGUAGCCGAGCCCCAACCGGGCAAUAACCCCCGCAAGGGCCUGCUGUUGUACGGCAGAAUGUUUUUGCCAGGCCAGUCCCUUGAGGCAAUGGCUAUUUCCAAGUUUACUGCUUCCUCACAACUCAUCACAAAGUGGAUUGUUGAUCCUCGACUAAUUCAGCCGGUUGUUGCAACUUUCAACUGGCAAACCCAAUCAACCAACAAAUCCACUCGCGAAUUUAUUUAUUCAACCCACGAAAAUCUCCUAGGCUUUCGAACCCUGUACAAUGUGGCAGAAUGGACAAACGAAGGCGAGAGUCAGUUCCCCAGCAAGCUUGCUGCAGGUCUUGAGGUUUAUUUUGCAGCUUCCAAGAAAAGCCCGGGAAUUUCGAUUGCCAGUCGCGUUUUCCUCAAGAUUCUUAUUCAAUUUUUAUUCUUACGCUUCAGACUUGACAUUGGGCUGUGA